CAGCACAGAGCGCUCCUCACAGCACAUUUCCACUCCAGCGCAGAGUCCAGAGGGAAUCCUUUCGCUGGACCAAGUUGAGCCACCCUCCUGGGUUCAUGUGGCACCUCCACAGUCCUUUCCUCUGCGCCACCUAUUCUCAGCUGCGCUUCGAUCCGCCACUCUGCUCCUGGAAAUGUCUCGGUAGACAUUCAUACUAGUUGAGCUCCAAACAUUAUACAUGAGCAGUCAAUAAGUAUACCUGCGGAUCUGCUGCAGGAGGGGGGAGUUUGUUUUUGUUUUUAUGCGGCCGGGGACCUUUGUCACUUAAGGAUCUUUGCAGAAGUGAACAAUGCUGAGACUUCAGAGCAUCAUUUGCACUUUUUCUGUGCUGUCAGUCGCAGCAAAAUCUGAUUUUUUAGCGCGGAACUGCAGCGAGGUGAGGGAGGCUUGCUCUGAGAAGGGCUUCAUCUUCACACAUGUUCCUCACCAGGAGAUCCCAGGAGAAGAUCUCCGUGUUUGCACUCAUGAACACACUUGUUGCACGCAAGAAAUGGAGGACAAAUUUGGUCAGCGAAGUAAGCUUGACAUCGAAAAUCUGCUUGAUGAGAGAAGUCAUACGCUGAGAAGCACAUUUGUCUCCAGACAUAAAAGAUUUGACGAAUUUUUCCUGGAGCUUCUGGAAAACACAGAGCGGUCCCUGAAUGAGAUGUUCGUGAGGACUUACGGCAAGCCUUACAUGCAGAACGCUGAAGUUUUUGAGAACCUGUUUGCAGAGCUCAAGCGAUACUACACAGGAGGAAACGUUAAUCUGGAGGAAAUGCUUAAUGAUUUUUGGUCUCGGCUGCUGGAGCGCAUGUUCACGCUGCUAAACUCCCAGUAUGUCAUCACUGAAGACUAUCUGGAGUGUAUCAGCAAGUACACAGAUGAGCUGAAGCCAUUUGGAGAUGUGCCCAGGAAGCUCAAGGCUCAGGUUACUCGUGCAUUCAUCGCUGCACGCACAUUCGUCCAGGGGCUUUCUGUAGGCCGGGAAGUGGCCCAGAGAGUGUCUAAGGUAAACAGCACACCAGCUUGUAUACGAGCACUGACAAAAAUGCUGUACUGCCCUUUUUGCCGUGGCAUACCAGGAGUGAAACCCUGCAAGAAUUACUGCCUUAAUGUGAUGAAGGGCUGCCUGGCAAAUCAAGCUGAUCUCGAUCCAGAGUGGAACCAGUACAUCGAUGCCAUGCUGCUGGUGGCACAGAGGCUCGAAGGGCCUUUCAACAUUGAAUCCGUCAUGGAACCUAUUGAUGUCAAGAUUUCAGAGGCCAUCAUGAAUAUGCAAGAUAACAGUGCCCAGGUUUCUUUCAGGGUUUUCCAAGGCUGUGGCCAGCCAAAACUUGCAGAAAUCCAGAGGUCUGCCCGUGGUGCUUCGGAUGUGCUCAACGCCCGCUUUAGACCCUACAACCCAGAGGAACCGCCCACCACGGCUGCUGGCACAAGCUUGGAAAGGCUGAGGAUGGUUUGGAGGACGAUGCAGUUCAGUGUUGUGGACAUAAAAGAGAAACUGAAGUUGUCCAAGAAGUUCUGGUCAAGCCUGCCUGAGGCAAUAUGUGUGGAUGACAGAGUGACUGCAGGAAACGCCAGUGAGGAGAAUUGCUGGAAUGGACACACCAAGGGCAGGUAUUUCCCUGAAGUCCAAAAGGAUGGCCUUACUAACCAGCUAAAUAAUCCUGAGGUGGGUGUCGACAUCACACGUCCUGACACCUUCAUCCGUCAACAGAUCAUGGCUCUGAGGGUGAUGACCAACAAACUAAGGAAUGCAUACCAUGGCAAUGACAUCUACUUUCAAGACACAAGCGAUGAAGGCAGCGGCUCAGGCAGUGGAAGCGGAUGCACAGAGGGCUGCACUACAGACAUGUACAGUGCUGCUACCGAAACUCCAGUGGUGAGAGCUGACCGGAGCGGGCCUGUGGAGGACUCUGCUGUGCACCUUGCACCUCCCAUAGCCCUGCCAACCAUGCUGGCUGUCUUAGCACUAGCUUUGCACCAACAAUGGAGAUAAUGCUGGAGCAACAAGCUAGUUAUGGACUGAAGAGUUUUCCUUUUCCCCUCCUCUCCGGCAGUUUUUGUAUUCAGGCACAUUGGAGCUACAGUCAAGCAAAGAGCAGGCUACCCGCUUUGAUGGUGCAGGAUUCUGCUCUGAGAAAGAGAGUAGCCAUUCACAUCAUGAUUUUCCAC